AUGACAUUUGGUAGUACACAUGGAAAGUUCCUGGUUAUGCAGAGCAUUUCGAACAAGCUAGGACUGAAAAGGCCACUCAUGGCUAAACGUUUAUACAACAAAUGGCUUGAACUAUACAUAUGCGUCUUUAUCUACAUAUUUGUUCUUCAUAUUGCGUCGACACUCCCAAACCUGUUUUUAGUAAGCUUGUACAUCUUGCAAAAGUUGAUUGUUAAUUUUCUUUAUUUCCUUGCAGACGAAGCGAGGAGAGAAUCUGAAGAUGGCGGAGACCGGAGAGGCCGGCGGUCAAGGAGGUACUGUGAGGAGGAGGAGGAACAAGCCAGCAAAAAGAAGGAGGACGAGGAUGACGAGGAGAUGCUGAACCCGCUCGUGUAUCGCGAGACCCUCUCAGGACGCCGCAACAUGAGGGGCGGAAGUAUGAGGCGAGCUUACACCCCUGAUAGAGACGCCUUGAGUCGCUCCACGGCAGCAGCUGCACCUUCCCUCAGGUCCCGCUCUCACUCCCAGCCUCCGGAGAUCAACCACAACGAAGUCUCGAGGCGUCAGCGCAAGAAGAAGUAAACCAACCCCAAGGCUCAUGAGUAAAAAAAUAAAGUACAACUGAUUUCACGAAAGUAGAUGAAAGUCAGACGUAUACAUGUAAAGUCAAACGUAUACAUAUAAAGUUAGAUGUAUACAUGUAAAGUCAGACUUAUACAUGUAAAGUCAGAUGUAUCUAUGUAAAGUCAGAGGUGUAAAUGUAAAGUUAGACGUAUGCAUUUUAAGUCAAACGUAUACACGUAAACAGUCUGGCGUAUAUAUGUAUUGAGAGCAAGACGUAUAUAUGUAAAGCAAGUUAGACCCAAAAAGUGCAUUAUAAAGUUAGAGAUGCUGACAGGAACAAGAGAUCAGCCAUAAGUGGAUGGUGGCAAGAGGUAAGUGACCAAUCAUGCGGUAAGAGAGCUGUCGACUACUAAGUCAGAGGCUUGGGGAAAAGAGGGGGGGGGGGGAAGAGAUGAUUUUCAGGUGUUUCUCACGUACGUUUCAGGUGUUUAGCGCGUACGGCCCUGAAGCUGAUAUGCUGGUCUGCUAUAUUUCAGUGCUACAACGUCUUUCCACAUACCUUCUCUAGUGUGUCCAAUGCCAAUAAAGUGAUAAGACACUCGCUAAACCUAAACAAGUUAAAUUGAUAUACGGGAAAUUACAUAAAGAGGAUAUGCACCCAAGUUUGUACACAGCGUUUAGAUAUUACGUAAGAAAGAAAUGGCAGUCUUUCAAAACCACAAGCAGACCAAGAGCUAUAGCCCACCACCUCGCAAAUUCAAA